AUGGAAGGAGGAGGAAUGUUAUCAUCAUCAUCAUCACCACAUUCACAAAACUAUAUCUACAGAGAGUGUUUAAGAAACCAUGCAGCCAGCCUCGGAAGCUACGCAACCGACGGCUGCGGAGAAUUCACCGUCGACGACACUUCAGUAUCCGCAGCCAACAGUCUCCAAUGUGCAGCCUGUGGCUGUCACCGGAACUUCCAUCGCAAGAUAACCGCGACGUACGCGACGAUGGCGAGAGAUAACGCAAUCGUCGCAAUGUCGGAUCAGGUGAUGGAAUAUUCCGGUGGUGGAGAUGGGAGGAGGAAGAGGUAUCGGUCGAAGUUUACGGCGGAUCAGAAGGAGAAGAUGCUGGGAUUUGCGGAGAAGCUAGGGUGGAAGUUGCAGAGGAAGGAACUUGAUGAAGAAAUUGAAAGGUUUUGUGAAAGUGUGGGAGUGAGUAGACAGGUUUUUAAGGUUUGGAUGCAUAAUCAUAAGAAUUCUUGUUUCUCUAAUUCUUCUGAUCCUUCUGCUGGUAAUGCUAAUUCUUCUCUUACUCAGUAG